UCUUGUUUUGAAGUUUGUCAUAAGUGUCAGUUGUCACAACUCAAACUGACAAGGUGCAAGUUCUAAUUUAUUCGGUGUACAUAAUAUUUUACUUUUAAGUCUUUAUUCCACUUGAAAAAUUUUAGUUGAUAAGAAACUAUUCUAAUAUAACUCCAAAUUAAAAAUGGAUAUUCCGUAUGAGGUUUUAGUAUAUCUUUUUGAAUACUUGCCGAAAUCCGACAGAGCAGCAGCAAGUGAAACUUGUCGAUCGUGGUAUUUAGCGGCAAAUGAUCAUAUUUUUUUGAAAAAUAAAGUAGCUAUAUUUUACAAAUCAGUAUUAAGUGAUGAAACAUUUUCACCUAUCAAUAUAUUUGAAAAUGCAUUAAUUACAUAUUACAACUACCUAUUUAAUGAAGUUGAAAUCACAAACAAACUCAAUGAUUUUUGGGAGAAAAAUGGAGUGAAUAUUAAAUGUUUGACUCUAAGAAACUGUGAUAUUUGUGAAAAAGUUUUUGUACAUAUUUUGCAAAACUGCCAAAACCUUGAAGCAUUACAUAUACAGAGUUGCAAAGAACUAUUCAUGUCAGGCCGUUUACUUGAAGGAAAGACAGAAGGUCUACUUGCAAAUAACCUGGAAAACUUAAAAUGUCUCAGUCUCUCUGGAAACCAAUACCUGACAGAUGUUUUAGUCAACAGGUUUAUUUCGGCUGCUCCUUAUUUAGAAGAGUUGAAUUUGUCAUCAUGUUCUUUACAAUUUCACUUGGGUCUGGUAAAAAAGUUUUACCCCCCUGGCAGUGAUGUCUUUCAUAAUCCAUCAGAAAGUGUUUUGACAUUUUAUUUUAUUUUACAACUGAUUGUUGCUAAAGCUAAAACAAUUAAACACUUGUUAUUUUCAAACACUCUGAUUGACGGAGCAGCUCUAAAAUCAUUAUCGGAAGUAGAUAACUUAAAGCUUGAAACACUGCAAGUACAUUCAUGUGACCAACUUACCAAUACUGGUAUACUGGCGCUGACUACACACCAAACAUUGCUCAAGGCACUUGAUAUUGGAUUAUGUACAAGGGUUACAGAUCAAUCUCUUGUUCAUAUUUGUAAAAAUCUAGUCAAUUUGGAAUAUCUCAAUAUUCAAAGAUGUAGAGCUGUUACAGAUCUUGGUAUAGCUGAAUUAGGGAAAUUAAAGAAAUUAAAAUCAUUGAACAUAUCCCAGUGUGAGCUUAUCACUAAAGAUGGAUUAGAGAAAGGAAUAUGUGCAGAAGAAAAUAAUGUUUUAGAAGAACUAGAUAUACAUUCCUUAAAUUUAGAUCAAACUGGUGUUAUAAUGAUUUCAGAAAAGCUCCCUAGCUUAAGUUCAUUAGAUUUGAGUUAUUGUUUCAAUGCUGUUACUGAUACAUCCAUCCAAGUGAUAUUUAAAAACCAAGUAUUGUUGCAUACAUUAAAAAUAAGCCAUUGUGACAAAGUAUCUGAUGCUGGUUUAACGGGUAUGGGCAAAAUUGAAACUGAUGGAAAUAAUGAUGAUGAUGGACCCAUUAUGUCUAGUAUGGAUAAUGUCCAAGCCCCUUUAAAAAUCCACUUGGGAUCCAGAGCUGAGGAAGAGAUUAUGCGAGAUGCCAGAAGAAAAAGGGAUGUAAUGAGAAUGUGCGAAAAACUGACUACAGAUACUUAUUCUGGCUAUUCAUUAGCAAGGAUAAAAGGACUCAAAGAACUAGAUAUAAGUGGUUGUAACCGAAUAACUGAUGUUAGUCUCACAUAUGCAUUUAACUUUAAAGAACUUUUCAAUCUGAACUUGAGCAGAUGUCAACAAAUAACACAUGAAGGAAUAGUUAAUUUGGUCAAAAACUGUCCAAGCAUAGAGUAUUUAAAUCUCAUAGAUUGCUACAAUUUGAAAGAUGAAGCAGUAACAGAAGUGGUCAAAGGAUUAAGGCGGCUAAAACAACUAGAACUGAGAGGAUGUAAUCAGCUGACGGACAAGACAUUAGAAGCUGUAAGAAAUCACUGUGAAAAACUCAAGUUUUUGGAUGUACAAGGCUGUCGCAACAUUUCGCCUGAACUGGCCUGUGCAAUUGGGGCCCUACCUACUCUUCACACAGUAUUGAUGUCUAAACCUGGACCUUAUGUUACUGACGGCCUUAAAAAUAGAUCCCCUGCGCCGGCGUUCCUGCCUGCACUAAUGAGAAAAUUACGCUUACACUAGCAUUUUAAUAUAUUUCUAUUUAUAUCGACUAAUUAUGUCUUGUUUUGUAUUUAACAUGACUAUGUAAUAUUAUUAUCUAUUAUUUAUUUAUUUCAGGUGAUAUUUCGGUUUUAAGAUCCUUCAAUGGGAUUUGAUUGUCUUAAUUUUUUGUUAAAUUCCGCGCAUUAAUUUUUAAGAUAAUAAUGCUGUUUUAUUUUGUGAACUCGUGUUACAAAACCUAUUGUAACGGCUUUUGAAAGAAAAAUACUACAACUGUGAUUUUUUAUCAGAUCUCAUACCAAAGAUCAUAAACCUAUCCAGAAUAUACAUUUUUAUAAAAACAAUAUUUUGUUGUUCAAUGAUCAAAUGUGGCGAAGUAGGUUUACAAAUAUGUAUUCAAAAAACAUCUUUUUUACGUAAGUACCACCUUUAGAACCACAAAACAUAAAAGUAUUCAUAUAAAACAUACAAUUUAUUUGACAUAAAAUGUUGAAGUAAAAUUGUCUCGGAAAUGAUUGUCUCAGUAAUGGUAUCUACUCUUAGCAACUAUCGAUACAAAAGAUUGUUGAUUUUUGGCGGAUUUCAAUAAAUGAUCACAAUUAUAAUCUACAAUCCGAUCCCGAGAUUAAACCUUUAAGAAGCAUGUAAAAAAAAGACUGUUGAUUGGUCCACUUUUGCAAUGGGGCGAAAACAGCGUCGAGAUCAUUUAUUGAAAACGGCGGUAAAACAUCAUUUUCUAAAUUAAUAAUUUGUUUUAGUAGCACUAUUAGCCACCAAUUAUUUACUUUAACGUGCAAUCAUUUAAUGAAUAUAAAAUAUAAAAUUUACAUUAAAUUACAUGUCGAAAGUUGGGUAACAGGUAUCCUACUUAAUACUUACUCAUAGUUACUUACUAUAUUCUUGUGACUCGGAUUUUUAUGUCUUCCUUUUCCCUCUGAUAUCAGCUAAAUAACCAAGAUCAUAUAAAUAUUUCACUCAUUUACAUAUAAGUAUACAGGGUCAUUAUGACAUUGCGUUACUAAAUGAAACCACAUAUUUGUCUUCACCUUUGCUGACAUUAUGCCAAAAAUCAUCCAUCAAUAACGAAUAUUUUCACCAAACAUCCUGUUUUAAGUUUUCUGAUUUUUUUUAUCAUUUUGUAGUUUACUGCGAAUAUGGCGUGUGAGUGAGUGUACCUAUUUCUAACUGAAAGUAUAUUGCGGGUGCGACGAAUACUCUUAGUGUGGUAGUAGUGGCAUUAGCUCGCAUUCAAUUAAAAUUACUUUUCAUUAAUAUUUCUUAUGUUCGAAACUUACAAGUUUUUGAUUUUACAUCUACGGCUCAAAUAACUUAUUGUUAAGUGUUAUUUCCAAGUAGGUAAGUAUUUGGUUGCAUUUAGCAAUGUAAUGUCGAAAUGACCCUGUAUAGGUAUAAGUAUUAUUAUUUGUCUACCUUUCAUACUAAUAAUUCUCUUUUGUGUCUCUUUUCUAAUAUGUCUUAAUUUUCAGAACUACCUGCUUUUAAAUAUGUUCUGUCUUAGGUUGCUAGAAAAUUCCUCCGCUGUAAUCUUAUAUAAUAAUGCGAAACUUUGAAAUGUGUGGUUUUUUGUUAGACUAGUAAAAGUAAUAAAAUAAUAUCAUGGUCAUGAAGAUGUUACUCAAUAGGUAUUAUUGUAUAUUACAAAUUAUUUUUAUUUAUAUUACAUAAUUUUUUCUAGGGUUUCAUGAAUAUAGUCUUUAAUAAUAUUGCAAUAAAAUUAUAAUUUUGUUAUGUGACGCGUUUAAAUACCAUCUAACCUUCAAGAUCUCAGUGAUUUUUGGAUGUUUAUUUUUAACCCCCCAAAAAGCAAUGCUAACCUAGCUUAGCUAGUUAUAUAAUGCAACUGUGAUACAAGUUUGCGUACCUAAUAAUUCGUAAGAGUACAAAAUUUGGUCUAACAAUUCCUUAAUGUUCUCGACUUUUUAAUGACAUAACAAUUAUAUUUUAAUCAUCUAUGUAUCUACUAUACCACGUAAACAAGAAGAUAACCCAUAAAUCGUUAUAUUAUUCGGUUGUUCUAAUGAAACUUCCCAAUAUAGUAUCAGGUGUACCUACUGUAAGUGAAUCUGCCGAAAAAAAUAAGGUAUUUUAAAAAUAUCUUGAACAUAGUAGCUUCAAAUUUGUAAAUAUAAAUUACGUAUAUAUUAUUUCUAGCAGUCUGUUCCUAUGGUUACCUAUUUAUUUGAAUUGAUUUACUUGAUCACAAUGGUUUUAAAUAAAACACUUACAAGCUUU